AGGGAGGGUGGCGGUGGAGGGCGGAGUGGCUGUUGUGCUGUGCAGCGGGCGCGUGUGCGGCGUGUGAGCAGAGAGAGAUGUCCGGGCGCGGGAAGCAGGGCGGGAAGGCGCGCGCCAAGGCCAAGUCGCGCUCGUCGCGGGCCGGGCUGCAGUUCCCCGUGGGCCGCGUCCAUCGCCUCCUCCGGAAAGGAAACUACGCGGAGCGUGUGGGCGCUGGAGCUCCUGUCUACAUGGCGGCCGUGCUGGAGUACCUGACGGCCGAGAUCCUGGAGCUGGCGGGCAACGCGGCCCGCGACAACAAGAAGACGCGCAUCAUCCCCCGCCACCUGCAGCUGGCCAUCCGCAACGACGAGGAGCUCAACAAGCUGCUGGGCAAGGUGACGAUCGCGCAGGGCGGCGUGCUGCCCAACAUCCAGGCCGUGCUGCUGCCCAAGAAAACCGACAGCCACAAGGCUAAAGCCAAGUGAACGAAAAGUAACGCAUUUUCUUUUCUCGAGAAACCCAAAGGCUCUUUUCAGAGCCGCCCACAAAAUCCUAAGAGAGCUGAAUUAUCSAGAAAAUAGGGUAUUUUAUAUUAACUACUCAACCCGCGUUUUGUCUUUUAUUUUUUCUUUCUAUGUUUAUUAACAGCAUUUUUGGCUUAAAAAUAAUAGCAWUGCAUUUCAUAUUUUCGUUAACAAGGUCUUGCCAAAACGUGMUUCCCAUGCAAGUUCUUCAUAGWAUGGGUUAUUUUGCUUUUGUUUCUUAUAUCGGUGAACACAGGAACUCUGUUCGUUGAGAGUUYCCGUCCCUCCCCCCGCUUUUCCGCCUCUUUCUUCUCCGAGUGGCUGACACAGUUCGACAGAUAAGAGGCGUAAUCGUCUUCGGGGAAGGGAGGGGGAAGGGCAGGAGGACGUGAUCUCCGCUGGCCAAUCCUUGGGCAGGGCGGGCUUUUUCAAUACUUAAAGCUCUUUCUUAUCGGAACAAAAGGAUUGGGAGAGCAGGGCUAUUUUUGUCAGUAAAAAGAACCCCCCUCCUCCCCCAAACAGACAAAGGUAUUUACGGAGAUACCUUAAGAGAAAUAACACAAUAGAUUAGACAUGGCUCAGUAGUAGCGUGCCUGGCAAUUGCAUUAUUUUGUUACAAAAUAUACCUUUAUAAAACCAUACAUCCGAUUUUUAUCAAAUCAUUAUAAAACGUUUCCUGGUAGUCAAAGCAAUYACUAGGAGGAAAAAAGUCUAGAUUUCCCUAAAACCGCUGUGCUAUACCGCGCUCGUUAGCAUUUAUUUCGGUAAUCCUAAGGAAAAARUGAAAGAUACAAUUGACCUCUUGACGACUUACGAAUUACUGGAUCCUUGCUGCAGGUUACAGACGACCUCGGUGCAUCAGCUCCUUUAGGGAAAGUGUGGGUGGCUCUUAAAAGAGCCGUUGGAUAACAAAGUAUAUAGAGCAGAACACUUCAGAUACGAUUUACUUCUUUUUGGGCGCCGCCUUCUUUGCCUUGGCCGCUUUCGGCUUGGCUGCCUUGGGCUUGGCUGCUUUGGGCUUCACCGCCUUCGCCUUAGCCGGGCUCUUCGCUGCCUUCUUGGGCCGGCCUGCCUUUGCGGCUUUCUUGGGGCUCUUGGCCGCUUUCUUGGCCGCUGCAGCUGCCGGUUUCUUGGCCUUCUUGGGGCUUUUCUUCACCGCCGCUGCUUUCUUGGGCUUCUUAGCGGCGCUGGCGGGCUUCUUGGCUGCCGGCUUCUUGGGCUUAGCUGCAGCCGCCCUUUUCUUGGGAGCUUUUUCUUUCACUUCUCCUGGCUUCUUGUUAAGACGAAAAGAUCCSGAGGCGCCGGUGCCCUUGGUCUGCACCAGGGUGCCCUUGCUGACGAGGCUCUUGAGCCCCAGCUUGAUGCGGCUGUUGUUCUUCUCCACAUCGUAGCCGCCRGCRGCCAGCGYCUUCUUGAGCGCGGCGAGGGAGAGCCCCUUGCGCUCCUUGGAGGCGGACACGGCCUUGGUGAUCAGCUCGGUGACGCUGGGCCCCGCGGGCYUGCGGGCUUUGGAGGCGCUCGCCGCCUUCUUCGGCUUCUUGGCGGCCUUGGCGCCGGGCGCGGGCGCAUCGGGGGCGGCGGCGGGAGCGGUCUCGGACAUCACAGCAGAGUCCUCUGCGGAGCAGGCGAACACAAUUGGGCUGGCCCGGGUCAGAUGCUCGUAUUUUUAGAGCGGAGACGCGCGGUGAUUGGUGCUUUGCAGAGCCCGCCCCGCUGCACGGCCGGGGAGCCCUUCGGUGUGCUCGAUUUGUGUUUCUUUGGACCAACAAAAGUGUAUUUUCCUCGGAAUUUCUGCAACCAAAUCGCCCAAUUUCCUCG